GGGGAUUAAAGUGAGGGCCCUUACCAAUAAGGCACAUCGAAGAUUUGUGAGGUUUUCUUGUCUUGGAGACGCUUCUGACGUAAAUUUGCCAAUCUCGAAGCAAAACAAUUCGCGUGCACGGCCCACUUUUGACACCAGCCCUAUUCAAUCUAAACUAAAUUCUAUCGCGGGGCAAAGGAGAAAUAAUACAAAACAACUAUCAAGGUUUCAACGAACCAUACAGAUAUUCCCAAAAUGGCACAGCCCAAUCCGUUCCUCCUGGCGGCCGAAGAUGCGCCCUCUCUUUUACCGUUGCUUCGCUCAAACCCUUCUCUAGCAGCAGGGCAGGACGACACUGGCUACUCAUUACUCCAUGCCGCAGCAUCUUACAAUCACAUCUCCCUUCUACGAGCAUUAGUCAGAGAUUUCAACGUCAAUGUUAAUAUACGCGAUGAGGAUGGAGAAACACCGCUUUUUGUCGUUGAGCGACCUGAGAUUGCCGAAUGUCUUGUUGAAGAACUGGGUGCCGAUCUGAACGCAAAGAAUGACGAAGGGCAAAUCGCCGAAGAGAAGAUUGAAGAGGAGGGCGACUUCCCAUUGGUAGCUGCAGCUCUGCGUCGGAUGGCUGGAAAGCCGCUCGCAUCGGGUGAGACCGCGAAUACGAACGGAGAGACUGCUGGCGUCGCAAACGGACAACCAGACCCUUCGCUCCCUGCAAACAUGGCUGUCAACGUUUCAACGGUGGAAGAGCAACCUGAGAACUCCGACGACGUCGUUGAUCCGGAGUUCAGGAGGAGAAUAGAGGAGCUCGCCGCCCGUGACGACUUUCAUACUGAGGCUGGGCAGGCAGAACUCAGGCAACUGGUCACUGAAGCCGUCAGAGGUGUUGGAUCGGAUACUCAGGACAGGGACGUCAGACAAAGAACGGCAUAGGCUAUAUUGGGUGGAAGGAUUGUAAAAAGGAAAAGCGUUUGGGAUUAUACAUUGCAUUUUAUACCCUCAUCACGAGCGCGACUGGCUGGGCAAUUUACAGUCAAUAUGUCUAUCAACAGAUGAUAGAAAACACUGGACAUAACCACCAUUACGCAUACUGUGCUCGACACGCCCAUCGAGUGUGGAACUAUACUGUUCAAUAAAAGAGCGCUCUGAAAUUACUGAUGUAUACUAUAUUACUGAGCACCUCUGUUGCUUGGAGGAUUUGGAUAGAUAUUGAAUUUCCCAAGGCAAUUAAACAAUUACUUGAUCUCACU